UGUAUUUCAUCUAUAGGAUGGAAAAUAAUGUGUUUUAAGCAUACGAAAUUAUUUUGAAUAAAUCUGUUAUUGUAAAUUGUUUUUCAUGGAGCACGUUGCACAUCAUGAGUUACUUCAAUUCUUUUGCUAACUUGACUCAAUGAAUCAUAACCAAAGUUAGAAACCAAGAACUAUGGGUUUUCUGGUUGUACUUAACAGUCUACACCUUGGGAAUUUCUGGUAUUGUCUCUGUAAAACCGGGAAGAAGAUAUGUUUUAGCAUUCUAUUGAAAAAUUUGCGACUUAUGGAACUGUAACACAGAAUCCCGGCCACAAACUACUUCUAAAGUAAGUUUCAUUGACUAUACAUAACAUCAAACAAGUUAAACAAUUCAAUUCACUUUAAAAGAUUUUGAAGGAAAGACCUACAUUAUCGUCAAAAGGAGCAUUAUAAAAAUUUUUGGUUUUUUAAAAAAAAGGAAAAGCCAGCAUCUUUCCAGUUCCUUUUACUUUCUUAUAUUUCAUAUAUAAAAAUUCAGUGAUAUCCAAGCACCUUAUCAACGUCUUACAUAUUGUUCAUUAUUAUCUAACAUCCAUCCAUUUCCGGACUUAUCAGUAUUGACCUUUCUUUUCUUUCUUUUUUUGUUUUCACGUCUAUAACUUCUCUAACCUACCUAUAAGUUCGUUUACGAGACUUCCUUUUUUAUUUUUAUUUUUAUUUUAUUUUUUCUCUCAAUAGUUAAACGUUGUCAUGGAUUUUCAGCUUAAAGACCCAAACACUAUUGCUCCUUGGAAAUGCGCAGACAAGAAAGCAUGUUGCAUAGCUAUUGACAACUCAACUGUCGUGCAUGAUAGAGAUAGUUUGCUCUCUCGCCUGAGAGAGGUUUUAAAUCAUGAAAUUGAAAAGGGAGACACCUAUCCGUAUGAAACCCCUUUAAGCUGGGAAGAGGCUGAAGAAUACUUUUUAAAAUACUGCACAGUCAUUUGUUUAGAAUGGGACGGUCAAGGUCCUCUUCCUAAUCUUCAAUCUCCAAUCAAUUGGAAGGAAAAGCUCCUUGGGUUUUUCAUCAUUAAGCCAAAUUAUCCAUCCCGCUGUAGUCACAUUUGUAAUGGCGGAUUUAUGGUAGUUCCUGAAACCCGUGGACGUGGCAUUGGAGGAAUUCUCGCCCAUGCAUUCUUAUACUUUGGUCCUCGGAUUGGCUACAAGUCCAGUGUUUUCAACCUAGUAUUCGCAACCAACGCAGCUAGCUAUAAGUUAUGGGACCGCCUUGGUUUCACUCGUACAGGAGUGAUUCGUAAUGCCGGUCGUCUACGAGGACAAUCUAAACUUGUGGAUGCAUACAUUUACCAAUAUGAAUUUCCUCCUCUUGAUCAAGAAGCUCAAGUCGAGGAUGCAUCUUAGAUCUACUUCUUAUUUUCAAUUUUAUUACUUUUUGUAUUAUGAUUAGAAAUUAUAUACAAGAUCGUUCCUUUUUUUUCUUCGUAUACAAAAAAACUAAAACAUCCAACUUUCAUUAUUUCGUAUUUUCCUACCAUGCAUCAAAAUUUCCAAACCCCGUUCGUGUUUUCUUCUUUUUUGGUUGCGACGAGGCAUCCAGAGAUACUACAGUUGAAGGGCGUUUUGAAUCAUUAUUCAGAUACUUACCAACGGCUUGGGUCGUAGAUGCCACAGAAGAUGAAUGCGACAGGUCUCUUCCAGUCCAUGAAACAUGAUCGGCUUCGGAUUUGUUUGCUUCCAAGGAAUCUUUUUCCUUUUUUACUUUUUCUUGCUCUUCCUUUUCCCAUUCUUCAAAGGGAUCUACAAAUACAACAACAUCUUCUAACCGAAUAGGGACUUUGGGAUGGUCGUAGUCAUUUGUUGGGACCUUCUCUAGUGCAUCAAGUACUGCCAUUCCUCCAACUAUAUGUCCAAAGAUAGUAUGUUUAUUGUCCAAAUGUUUGGCAGCAUUGAAUAAAAGAAAGCUAAAUAUAUUAGCAUGUUGAAAAAAAAGCAAAAGCUAUACAUACAAUUGACUGCCGUUUGUGUUUUUUCCUCGAUUAGCCAUUGAAAGAAUUCCUCGCUGAUCAUGAUGCAGAGGAUUACCAAAUUCAUCCCGAAAUGGUUUUCCCCAGCAGCUUUCACCCCCCUUCCCUGUACCCGUCGGAUCACCAGCUUGAAUCAUAAAUCUAGGAAUGCUUCUAUGGAACACAGUAUUGCGAUAAUAGCCUUUCUUAGAUAGUUGGAUAAAAUUGUAAACGGCAUGUGGAGCAUAAUCAGUGUGGAGUUCCAAGUUGAUUUCCCCAAAAUUGGUUAUCAUUCGAGCAUAGCCUUUCUUUUUUAUCCGGAUAUGGUUAAGCAUGUAAUCCUCCUGAGGAAUUAUUGCUUUUUCAUUUUUGGUGACCGGAGAAAAUGAAGUAGAUGUAAGGGACGCAGAUGCAAGACCUGUCGUAUGAGCAGCGCGAUAUACGGGAAGCCCAGACUGUGUCGUUUCCGUAGUAAUAGGAUGCGCUAACUGUCUACGUGAUGGCGAAACUGCUUCUUUUCUUGACUUCUCUAUCGCCAGGCGUGCCUUUUGAAUUUUUUCCUCUCUUGACAUCUCCUUUUGCGUUUGUAAAGCCGAAAAGUCUCGCUUUUCAAGAUUAUGGGGGUCCUGAAUCGUGAUUAUGUCUGAACGAGUAAAUGCUUUUUCGCUAACCAGAUCAUUCCAGUUUUUAGCUUUUAUGUUCAAUCCUUCUACAGUAUCCCAGGAAAAACAAUUUCCCGUUGUUUUGAUGGCUAAAAUAUGAGAAAAUUCGGUGAAUCCUUUCAAAGUAACUGGGUCACAGUAUUCUCCAACUGCAUUCUUUGAGAAAUUCAAUUUGAUGAGAUUGGACAGUGCAGCCUUUUCUCCAGUUACGGGAUUAGUAUUGUGCUUCCGAAGCCAUGGGACAAUAAAUCUACAGCAAUUAGUAUCUUUUUAUUAAUUGAAAGUACUUACUUGAAAUCAAAAAUGAUUGCAUGGUUGGUGGAAUCUACCAAACAACAAGGAUGUGUGAAUGGCUGCAACGAAAGAGAACAGUAAUUGAAAGGAAGUUGACGAAAUCUUCCUUUGGGCUGAUUCCCUGUAAUUCCGCUCAUCCCGCCAUGCCAUCCAUGAACCCCGGAAUGCUCCGUUUGAGUCACGUAUAAUUUAUCGGUAUUCUUCCCCAUUCUCCGUCAACCAGAUAUAAUUUUAAAUAGAACAAUUAAUCUAGUAAAAAUAAAUAUAACAAAAUAUCACCUACUUGUAAAAAUCCGUUCUA